GCGGUUUUCACUUAACGCGGGACCCUCUGGGUUCAAUUGACCGCGUUAAGUGGGGUACAACUGUAUAUAUAUAUCAUGAUGUUUUAAUAUUCACUGACAAGAUGCUCUUCUUCUUCACAGGAUAACAACAAGCCAGAAGACUGUAAUGUCUGUUUUGACAACUUUGACGAAGGUCUUCAUCGCCCGCGGUGUCUGCCAUGUGGCCACACCUUCUGCACUGUCUGCAUUGUUGACAUGAUAAAGAACUCUCAGUUCACCUGUCCCAACUGCUGUGCUGACCACAACACUUUGGCUGUUACUGAUGUAACUCAACUUCCCAUAAACUAUGGGAUGGAAUCAUUCAUAAGGAGACUUAAAGGUGUGUCGUUCAAGCCAGCACAAACAAAAGCACCAACAAAACCUCCUCAAGAUGGACCCAGAGGCAUUAGCAAGAAGUUACGGUCCUUGUUGCAGGAGGAGAUGAACAAGGUCAUCAACCUCAUCACUGCCUGUGAUGAGAAACUGUCCCAGCUGGGAAACUAUGGGAAGAAGGUGAAAGGCUUGAAAACUGAACACAAGCUUCUUGAGGACAGACUGAAUGGUCUGCUGGAACAAAACAAGGCAGCAAAAGAACUUGUGGAGCAGGAGGAGACCAGUGUGGAGGAUAUGAGCACUGAAGGAGAGGAAGAAAAGCAGCAGCUGCAGGCUGUGCUGGAGUGCCUCGACACAGUCAACUCUCUUCAGGAGGUCGGCAUGGCCAUCGACGACGCUGAUCGGCGUAGUGUGGUGACAGAAGAUUGGAUCCAGAAGUGCCAGGAACAAUUCCCAAACGUGAACACUGUCCACACCUCAGUGAAGGUGCAGGAGAGCAUCAGGUUGGCCCUGGACAUGAUACCCACAGAGGCUGUUGCCACAGCUGCCCCCCUUCAUCUGGGAGACUCAGCCUCCACCAUCUUGGAGAAAUUUGAUAAAAUCAAUACAAACAAAUUAACU